UAAAGCUUCAACAGUCAGAGGAAGAGCAUCAUUUCCUGCAUGAUCACGCACUCUGGAUAUCUAGGUUUACCGACCUACUAAGGGGACGGGUCUUGUUCACGUGCUUAAGUUAAAGAAGUGACCACCUCCACCUGCCACUGGCCCUUCAAAUCUUCCAAACCCUCCGCCCUUCGGGUUGUUAACGAUUCAAGCUUUAGUUUUGGCUCCCGACGCCGCCUGGCGGCUGUUUCCGGAAGUCGCCUCUGAGCUUCGGGGUCCUGGCCGCGGCUAGGCCUGCCCAUGGAUUUGCCUAACUCCAGACAGCUGUCCUCCGUCCUGCCCCCGCUACCCGUUGAAGAUUUUAAGACGGCGAUGAAGGGUCUGGUGUUCCGGCGAAGAAGGCGUCCAGUGGCCUCUUCACGCCUUGAGGGAUGGCGGAGUCAGGCCGGCGUCGGGUAGCUCGCGACCCGGAAGUCGCCCCCGGCGCGAGGUCCCCGUUGCUGAGAGCGGGCGCGGGGGGCGGAGCUCGGCGGAGACGCGAAAGGGGUCGCCACUCCGGCUCCUCAAGUUGGGGCCGCCCUCAGGCGUUGCUAGGCGGACCUCGAGUCUCCAGGGCGGGUGGCCGCGGUCUCCGGGGGACACGGUCAGCUGCGGUCAGAGGCAACAUGAGUGCCGCGGGACUGCUGGCUCCGGCUCCGGCGCCUGCUGGAGCGCCGCCGGCCCCGGAGUACUACCCUGAGGAGGACGAAGAUACCGAGGAUGCUAGUGAAACUGACCUGGCAAAGCAUGAUGAAGAAGACUAUGUGGAAAUGAAGGAACAGAUGUAUCAGGACAAACUGGCUUCUCUCAAGAGGCAGUUGCAACAACUACAGGAAGGUACGUUACAAGAAUAUCAGAAGAGAAUGAAAAAACUAGAUCAGCAGUACAAAGAGAGGAUACGAAAUGCAGAACUCUUCCUCCAACUGGAAACUGAACAAGUAGAAAGAAAUUACAUUAAAGAAAAGAAGGCAGCAGUGAAAGAAUUUGAAGACAAGAAGGUUGAGCUGAAAGAGAACCUGAUUGCUGAGCUGGAAGAAAAGAAGAAAAUGAUUGAAAAUGAAAAGUUAACAAUGGAACUGACUGGAGAUUCUAUGGAAGUGAAACCCAUCAUGACCAGAAAGUUGCGAAGGCGACCAAAUGAUCCUGUCCCCAUCCCAGACAAGAGGAGGAAACCUGCUCCUGCCCAGCUAAACUAUUUGUUAACAGAUGAACAGAUCAUGGAGGAUCUGAGAACGUUAAAUAAGCUUAAGUCACCCAAGAGACCAGCAUCCCCAUCCUCUCCUGAACACUUGCCUGCCACACCUGCAGAGUCUCCAUCCCAGAGAUUUGAAGCACGGAUAGAAGAUGGCAAACUGUACUAUGAUAAAAGAUGGUACCACAAGAGCCAAGCCAUCUAUUUGGAGUCAAAGGAUAACCAGAAGCUAAGCUGUGUGAUCAGCUCUGUUGGAGCCAAUGAGAUCUGGGUUCGGAAGACAAGUGACAGCACUAAAAUGAGGAUCUACUUGGGCCAGCUUCAGCGUGGGCUCUUUGUGAUCCGCCGGCGGUCAGCGGCUUGACUUUCUGCAGUGUUCUUCCCUUGAUCCUUUUUCUGGAGUGGUUUUUAUUUUUGUCUUGUUUCAUUUUCUUCUUAAUAGAAAAUUUUUAACUUACUGGGAAUAGCUGCUUGGCCUUGGAAAUGGACAACAGUGUUGUGGAUUCUGCAAGGCACUUCUGUGGCUGGCCACUUCCAUCCUUGUGUCACUCUUUCCUGCCUUGACCUCUUCCAGACGUCA